AUGCCCAACGCAACCACCACCCUCCCUUCCCUCCCCAACGUCACGGCCUGCCAGCCAUACCAGCCCACGAGUCCGACGUACAAAAUUGAGGACAUGAUUCGUCCUGGAGUUUGGUUUGCCGCUGCCAAGGGCAACGUCUCCGCCGAGGCCAUGGCCAUGUGUUGUGGCACCAACUCCGUGCAGCUCUUCGCCCAGACGUGCGAGCUGUUUUGCGAGGUCCCCGAGCACAAAUACGCCGACACCACCAAGAGCGAUGGGUUCAACGAAUGCCUUAUGGACAAAGGCGUGCGCGCGGAUCUGAAUUACGGCCAGGGGGGGCAGAGCGGCGGAAAGCCGUCGUCAGGCGGUAUCAUGAUUGGGGCGGCUAGGGGGUUGGUGUUGAUGUGCUUGGGACUGUUCGCUGUUCAAGCUUUUGUGUUUUAG